GCACACUUCAGAGCGGAGCAACUGUUGUUUUGGAUGUCGUCUACUCUAGAUGCACUACACUGAGAAUUGCAAUUCAGAAGAAGCCACCUGUUGAGCCUUCAACUUGAAAAUUAAAAGGCAUCUAUGAAGUAAAAAAAAACAUCUGACUGCAUUCUGGCUUCUUGGACAUAGAUUGAGACUUCGUGAUGGGUGAGGUAGUGAAGGAUCAGAAGACAGAAAGGAUGUCCAGCAAAAGUCUAGAGAAGAGUCAACAUAUCGAACAAUCUGCACCGGACGGCGGAUGGGGCUGGAUGAUUGUGGCUGGUUGUUUCCUUACCACUGUUUGCACACGUGGUGUCACCAGGUGUGUGUCCAUCUUCUUUGUGGAGUUCCAGACAUAUUUUUCCAGAGAUUAUUCCGCAACUGCUUGGAUCCACUCUCUGUUGGAUUGCACUACAAUGUUAUGUGCACCAUUGGGUAGUUAUAUCGGGAACCGCCUCUCCUCCCGUAUAGCUAUCAUAAUUGGUGGGAUACUUUCCUCUGCCGGCCUGCUGCUCAGUUCAUUGGCCACCAGCCUGGAGUUUCUGUACCUUACACUGGGUGUUGUCACAGGUCUCGGAUUUGCUCUCAGCUACACGCCCGCGAUCGCCAUGGUGGGUUCUUACUUCACCGAGAGGAAAGCGCUAGCUUACGGAAUCUCCAUGUCGGGAAGCGGCAUCGGAACUUUCAUCCUGGCUCCUGUUGUGCAACUCCUCAUCGAGCGCUUUUCAUGGAGGGGGGCACUGCUUAUUUUAGGGGGAUUGGUAUCCCACCUGUGUGUCUGUGGAGCCCUCAUGAGACCUCUGGGGGGCCAGAGUAGAAGGGAGAAGAUGGAGUUGGAGAACAACAAAAAAGUUGAUUUGCUGAAUGUGAAACUAACAGAUGCGAAACGCAAUGCACAGGAUUUUAUGCAGUUAGAAGGGAAAACAGAGAAGGACACAUAUGUAGAGUCUGCAAAGGAUUUGCAAAAAGGUGGUAAAGAACAUAUGGAGAUGGAUGAUACAGAAAAACACUCCAGCGAAGAGCUGAAACAGAAUAUCUCAGAACACGCAAAGAUGAACGAACUGAACAAAGACUCACAUCUCGCUUUCCGAGAUUUAGUACAAUCAGGUGACCCGCAUUCGUGCUGUUUGCCCAUCAACCGGGAAAUCGUAACAAUCCCAGAGUCAAAGUCUCAAUCAGUAGUUAACUUUAACCAAACCGUUCUGGUACAUUCAAAGGUGGCAAACACAAUGAUGCUGGAUGAGCCCACGAACAGUAUAUGUUCCAAACUAAGAAAUACAAUAUUGAGGGAAACUUCCUUCCUGUUGAUACCAGACUUCCUGCUGUUGCUCGUGUCCUUCUUGUUCCUUGCGUACGGUUGCAGUGUGCCGUUUGUUUAUCUCGUGCCAUAUUCCCUGGGUGCAGGCGUCAGCCCCCAGCAAGCGCCAUUGCUUAUGUCCGUACUUGGAGUUUCGGGGAUUGUGGGUACUAUCACUUUCGGAUGGAUUGCGGACAGAAAGUGUUUGAGGUCAUAUCGGAUGGUGAGCUACAUGCUGGCUGUGGGGUCAGAAGGGCUCAGUUGUCUUUUCCUGCCUCUCCUGAGAAGUUUUGCCCUGCUGGUGCCAUUUUCUCUCUUCUAUGGCUACUUUGAUGGAGCUUACGUUGCACUGAUCCCUGUGGUGACCUCUGACAGUGUUAGCCCCAACCACCUGACAUCAGCGCUGGGAGUGGUUUACUUUCUUCAUGCCAUCCCCUACCUCAUCAGCCCACCUAUUGGAGGUUGGUUAGUGGAUCAGACAGGGUCCUACACAAUUACUUUCUUCCUCAGUGGAAUCUCUCUGAUCUGCAGUGCUGUGAUUUUGGGUGCUGUCAGAUUGAUCCUCCAUUGCACUAGAGGGCGCUCUUGCUUAAACUGACACCAAACGACACGUUUCCUGGAAACGGUUUGCAACGGUGUGCAACAGGGUUUGAGAUACGUUUUCUCUUGUUUGGUGGGUGUGUCAAGCCAUAUAGCAAUCAGCAACAACAUGUAUAUAACCCACGCGGUAUUAAAGAGACAGCUCACACAAUGGGUCCAAGUAGUCGUCUAAAUAUGUGUCUGCUCCAGCUCGGUAUACGCAACAAUUGAAAAUAUUAGAAGAGAUGUAUUUUGCAGUAUGCAACAUGUAUUUAUACCGAUUUCAGCAGGCUCCGGAAAUUCUUUAAAAAGAACAUUAAGAAUGUCCUUCUCAGCUGCCGUAGUUCAACUCUUGCGUCAUCACAACAGGGUGUUAAAGCGCACCACCGUUUCCGUUUAAUAAAGGCUUUGCAACGUUUUGUUCAGCCCCGAUCUUCAACCAUUAUGCAUACAAAAACGAUCACUUUCAAGAAACAUGCAAGUAUUAUAAAAGUGUCACCUCCAGAGAAAACUGUUCUAUUGCCAAAAUGCAGAAAUAUACCAGCGUUUGUGAACAGACUUUAUGGAUUGUGUACAAUCCAUUCAUAGUGAUCAAGAAACUCAAAGAAAAGUCAAUAAUCCCUUGUU